AUUUUAGUGACCAUGUUUGGAAACUUGCCUGCAAAAGGUUAAUCCAGUCACUGAAAUGGAUUCUUGAAGUAUUGAGUCAUGAAAAUAAAUUUUGCCAUAAUUUUCAUUUGAAUUUAGUGUCUUGUUCCAUUGUUGUUUUGUAACCCUUAAAAAUAUUACUUAGUGAGCAGAGACUAGCCUGCUGUAGGUAGUGUUGCACAAUGAGAAGAUCUCAAGAUGAUUCAGAGUAUGGCAUCAGGCCAGGAACAAAGUAUGCUUCAAUGAAAGUAGACUUCUAUAGAGUUUCACCUUAUCUAGCAUGUAUGGCCCUGGUCCUCAUCAUCACUGUUGGAAUUUUCACUCUGAACAAUUAUUAUUUGUUCAAGAGUCUUGCUGCUACACAGAAUCAGAUUCUUGAAGACGUUGCAGCACAGAAGGCAGCACAAACAAAUAUCUUGAUAGAGCUGAACAAAUUGAUGGCUGAGCAGCAAGAGACUCAUCAGUCUAGCCUUCUUGACCUGGAAGGAGAAAUGAAAAAGUUUUUGGCUGAAAAACUAAACAAGCUUACUGCCGAUCAAGAGGAAAUUCGUCAGCUUAAACUUCUUGAAUUGGAAGAAAGAAUGAAUAAAUCACAAUUUGCAGCACAAACGAAUAUCUUGAUAGAGCUGAACAAAUUGAUGGCUGAGCAGCAAGAGACUCAUCAGUCUAGCCUUCUUGACCUGGAAGGAGAAAUGAAAAAGUUUUUGGCUGAAAAACUAAACAAGCUUACUGCCGAUCAAGAGGAAAUUCAUAAGCUUAAACUUCUUGAAUUGGAAGAAAGAAUGAAUAAAUCACAAUCUGCAGCACAAACGAAUUUCUUGAUAGAGCUGAACAAACUGAUGGCUGAGCAGCAGGAGACUCAGCAGUUCAGCCUUCUUGAUCUGGAAGAAAAAAUGAAAAAGUCUUUGGCUGAGAAAGGAUACGAUACCGCGCAUUUCAGCAGCUCUACAUCUCUGCAGUGUAAUGGAUUGUACUUGGCUGUUUUGGCAGGCAGUUGGAUUUGUUACAGCCUCGUGCAAAAAUUCUCCAUUCCAUAAGAGGUAUUAUCUUGGAGACGGAGGUGAUUAUCCUAGUAAGAUGAGGUGAUUAUCCUACUGUGGGGAGGUGAUUAUCUUCUGCUCAAAAAAAGCACCUUGAGCUUUGAUGCUAUUGAUGCUCCAUUCUAUGGUUAUUUACUAUUAAAUUUAUUAUUAAUUAAAUGAUAAAUAAUUAGUUGAUCUCAUUUGAGUGAUACUAGAUUCCAAUCGACCUGAUUCAACACAAUCUUUUUUAUGUCGAUUCCUGAAUAAUGAACAAUUAGAAUGAGAAUGAUGUAUACUAUGUUGUUGAUGUAGAGCAAAACUGUCAUGAUGUAAAUAUUUCGUUUUAAGUUCUAUCAUAGUAUCUACAAUAGUGCAUUUCAGCACUUAUUGUACAGUAAUGCUUUGUAGCAAGUAAGCAUGGAGCCUCACUAAUGGUCAAGUCGUCAAAUUAAAUCGUUAUGGAAAAACUAAAAUGUAACAUGGCGAACUCUGGGAUCCGCCGUACUUUGGGAUACAUUUUCUCCACUCGUAAUUUUCGAUUAAGAUUGAAAGAUAUGUUUUAUUCACUUAUGGCGUUCCAUCAAAUGUUUAGUAUAUGUACAUUUUUAAGGCUUGUAGCAUUCGAUUAAACGUAUAAAAGUGAUUGUUUCCGCACUCGUCUUGUUUGAUCGAAAGUUUAAGUCAUAGUUUUAUCCAACAAACGUUGGCGCACUGUACUGUUGGUGCACCUGUAGCGUUCUAUCAAACGUGUACGUCGUUCACAGGAAUGUAGAUCGGAGACACCGUGUCAUGGGCUGUGAUCAUAAUUCAACUUAUGUAAAUUUUUGAUGUCCUUAGUUAAGCAGUUCCUUCAAGUCGCGUUUAACUAUACGAGCUGAGGAAGUCUUCUAGGCUUGCAGAGCUUGAGCCCGUCUUGCUUGUUCACUAACAAAAAUAUGUCUGAAUAGCGAUAUACUCAUUGUUCAGUGUGUGUCAUCCUGACUUGGUUUCGCCGGCUCUGGCCGUGUUAGUGAUACAUCCGGUCUCAGCCCGUGCUGUGGGUAAGAAAGUAUGUCGCUAUUUGGACAAUAUGGCCCCUGAUAUUUUUGUGGGUAGUAUGCCAUAACAUUUGCAGUGAAGUUAUCCAUUAAGACUGAUAUAUACUAUUGUUGUGAAGUGGUUAGUCUGAAACCAUAUAUUUGAAGCUGUUUAGCUUGGUUUCAUCAUUUACAUAUAUUGUCUUACAUCGAUUUUUUAGAUGAUUGAUAUUUAUAUUAUAGCCGUCUGUGUUCAUUUAUUGUCUGUAGUUGAAACAAAUGUCGAUUUGUCAAGCUUCAUUCAAUUUUUAAUUUAAGCACAAAUAAUUUAUUUUCAAUAACUUACGUGUUGGGCCUUAAAUACUUAAGAAUAACUAAGCAAGUCUCUGAUGUAUACAAACUAAAUUAAAAUUCUACUGAUGGAGGGAUCAUGUCGCGUAGCAGUCAAUUAUUUCAUAUUUUUAGCUUUCAUUUGCUUAGAAGAAUCUUCAAAAUAAUACGCCCUCGUCUUCUUGAUUGAGCCCUAAUAAUAAAAUUCCGUCGCUAGGCCUUGAUAUAUUGGAUGUUCAAUUUUAAGUAUCAAUUCAUACGAAGUCCUGAGAAAUAUCGCUCGAGCUCUCAAGUUAUUUUUAUAAUAUUUUAGUUAGUUGAGGAAUAGGUCAUUUUAACCUGAAGUUCGAAGUAAUUUAUGUUGAAUAUUCACUACGUACUUGAAUUAUUCAAAUUGAUAUUAACAUUUGUGAUUCCUUUAUUUUGUUUAAACUGUAAAUAAUGUAGAGCCUACGGCUCAAUUCCUGAAGUAGAUUAAGGCAUUCGUUUUUCUAUGAUCGUACAGACUUAACUGAAGUGACAUCUUCCGACGCCACUACUAAGUGAAAUAUUUCUAGAGAAAUAAUAUCUCAUCAGUGAUGUCGGCGCUGUCGCCGAUUCUUGUUCUUUUCGUGACCUGUUCUAAACAGGUGACUUAUUCAUCUAAAAAUAGGCCCGUUGGCCGGAUCUUUUCAAAAUUGACGAUACCCAAGUA